ACUUCUCUCCUCUCCGCCCCGGAAGUUCCUUCCGACGUUUCCGAGAAGGCCGCGUGUAGAAUCCGCGUGGUGAAUCCGCCUGUGGCAGUUCCGAGAGCUGGAGUAGACCCUGUGCUCUUGCCAGCGUCAUGGGGCGGCACGGGAAGAGCCAACACCAGAAGCGUGCACGCGCGGCGGCCCAGCUCCGCGCGCAGGAGGCGUACGCGUCCGCUCCACAUUCUUUCGUGUUCGCACGUGGUCCCGCCGGCCCCGGAGUCCGCCAGCUCAGCCUGGACGUGCGGCGGGUCAUGGAGCCCUACACGGCCAGCUCCCUACAGGUACGACGGCGGAAUUCCCUUAAGGAUUGUGUAGCUGUGGCUGGCCCUCUUGGCGUCUCCCAUUUCCUCAUCUUUAGCAAAACAGAGAAGAAUGUGACAUUUAGGCUGAUACGACUUCCGGGGGGCCCUACUCUUACCUUUGGGGUCACCAAGUACUCCCUGGUACGGGACGUCGUCUCCUCCCUGCGUCGCCACCGGAUGCAUGAACAGCAGUUCUCACACCCCCCCCUCCUGGUGCUCAAUGGCUUUGGCCCCCAUGGACUUCACGUGAAGCUCACCGCAUCGGUAUUCCAGAACAUGUUUCCAUCCAUCAAUGUACACAAGGUGAACCUGAACUGUGUGAAGCGCUGCCUCCUCCUCAGCUACGACCCUGACUCCCAAGAGCUCCAGUUCAGACACUACAGUUUGAAGGUUGUUCCUGUGGGGGCCAGUCGGGGGAUGAAGAAGCUUCUACAGGAGAAGUUCCCAAACAUGAGCCGCUUGGAGGACGUCAGUGAGCUGCUGGCCACGGGUGCAGGGCUGUCCGAAAGUGAGGCAGAGCCAGACGGGGAGCACAAUGUGACCGAGCUGCCCCAGGCCUAUGCUGGUCGAGGGAACAUGAAGGCGGAGCAGAGCGCGGUGCGGCUUACUGAGAUUGGCCCCAGAAUGACCCUGCGGCUCAUCAAGAUCCAGGAGGGCGUAGGGGACGGAAAUGUCCUCUACCACAGCCUUGUGCACAAAUCUGAGGAGGAGCUGAGGGCCACUCUGGCCACCAGAGAGCAGAAACUCCUGCUGAAGGCUGAGCGCCGAGGCAAGCAAGAGCAGGACAUCAAACGGAAAAAGGAGCAGCGGGAGGCCCACCGGAAACGGAGUCUGGAGGGAAUGCAGCUGGUAAAGCCCCAAGCUAUGGACAAGGGAGAUGGGGACAGUGAUGCAGAGGACCCAGGCCAGCCAGCUGGAGCAGCCCUCGGGUCUGAGGAUGAGGAAGAUGAGGCAGAGUAUUUUCGCCAAGCAGUUGGUGAAGAGCCAGAUGAGGAUAUGUUCCCACAGGCAAAACGGAGACGACCCAACAAGUCCCCUGGACAGCCAGACCAGAAAAUAAGAAGGGGCAGAGGGCAGCAUCCAAAGGGGAACACCUGCUUGCCAGGGAUCUUGGUGAGGGUUACCAGCACCCUGAACCACUACCAGCACUACCUGUGGCCUGUGCUAAUGGUCGAGUUCCUCGUGGCCGUGGCGGGUAAUGGCCUGGUCCUGUAUCGGUUCAGUUCACAAGAGCAGCGCCCAUGGCAUCCAGCCAUCAUCUUCUCAGCUCAGCUGGCCGUCAGUGACUUUCUCUAUGCUCUCACCCUGCCCCCCCUGGUUUUCUAUUUCUAUCCCCCAAAACACUGGAGUUUUGGGGAGGCUGCCUGUCUGCUAGAGCGCUUCCUCUUUAACUGUAACCUCUACAGUGGCAUUUUCUUCAUCACUUGCAUAAGCCUCAACCGAUAUAUAGGCAUUGUGCACCCUUUCUUUGCCCAUGGCCAUGUGCGACCCAAGCAUGCCUGGGCAAUCAGCUUGGUUGGUUGGGGCCUUGUGGCUGCCCUGGCAGCACCUACCCUCAAGUUCUCACACCUUGUCUUGCCUGAAAAUGGCACAGGGGCACAUUGCCAUGUGAAUCAGACCGAGUCCUGUACUAAAUGCCUGGGAACUGCUGAAAAUGAUCAUCUGCCUGCCUACUGGGUCUACAGCCUGGUGCUGGCAGUGCUAGGCUGUGGCCUACCCUUCCUGCUCACUCUCCUGGCCUAUAGUGCCAUUUGCCAGGCCAUCCUUACCAACCCCAAUAUAACAAGGCCAGAGAAACUUAAGGUGGGAAUGCUAGUAGUGGGUGGGGUAGUCCUCUAUGCUGUGUCCUACAUCCCAUAUCACAUCUUGCUUGUCCUCAACAUCCAGGCCCGUCGCCACUGGCUGGAACACUGCAGCAGUUUCUCAAAUGAGUUCCAGGCUAAAGCUGCUCUGGACAUUAGUUUGUACCUGGGCUACCAGGCAAGCAGGGUGCUUGUGCCUCUGGCCAUCUGCCUCCACCCAUUGCUCUAUACAGCUGUGGCCUCAAGCCUUCGAUGUUCAAGACUAUGUGGGGGACCCAAGGGUGGAGAAAUAUCCCUGAGGCAAAUAAGCUCUGCUAAAUCUUGACCACUGACAAGCUUUGACACAGCAUACUGUCAUUGGAUAUAUAGUUGUCCAAGACCAGCAUUGAGCUUGUGAUAAGGCAAUAUAUGAAGAUGUGAUGGGGUAAUGAGCAGACCGCUGUGCCAGACAAAUGGAAGAAUUGAGGCACCAAAGUUAGAAAGCUUAAGUGACCUUUGACUAUCUCACUCCAUUACUCUUUGCUAAAUGGGUCUCCCAGGCCUGGCUCUCCUUUCCAAUCCUUGCAGUUUGCCAACCUCAUGCUAUCAGAGAUGAUUCCCAUGAUCAAAAACUUCAUUGGCCCGUGCCUCUAAAAUGAGACACCAACUCUUUAGGAAAGCCCCCCAACUUUGACACCUAUUUCACCUUACUUCCUAAGCAUCUAGCUUCACCCACACUGGAGUGCUAACCAUUCCUUAAACUUCUAUUUCCCUGCAUUUGUUGGGCCUAGAACUCAGAUUUGCAAAUCCAAAUCCUUAGUUUCCCUCAUGGGCUCAGCUCAGGUGCCAUAUCCACUGGGUAUUUGGCCUUCUCAAUGACUUAUUGCCAACACCCACUCCCCGUCUUCCGCUUCCAGCUGAAAAUUUUCUUUUUCUUUUGCUUAUAUUACAUCCCCAAAUCUCCUAAGUUCAGGGAGGAUGACAGCUAUCACUCACCUCUUAUCUUUGAAUCCUGAGCUAACAGUAUUCUCAAAGACUGGUCAAAGACGAGGGGAAAGCUCAAUUUUUUGCAAAAUAUUGUACUCACAAAGAACUGGAAGGAAAGUGGACACCUAUCAACUGGGGAAUGGCUAAAGAAACUGCAGGACAUAGACAUAAUGGAGUCUUGUAACAAGCUGUACUGUGACAGAUAUGAAGAAUCCCAAGAACCAUAUAUAGCCCUCACAAGGACUUCAAAGAACUAACCCUCCAAUCCAACCUUAUUUCACAGAGGCCAACCCUGAGGCCGAAAGAGAGGAAACGACUCACUCAGUUACAAGGCAGAGCCAAAUAUGACUUAAGCAAGUGAAGAAGCAGAAUCAUUUACAAAAUUAUUUCAGUAAUUUUUAAGAAAAACUUCCUGCCUGGUCAAUACUACGACCCAUCCAUUCUCAGUGAAUUGGAUUAACUAUGCUUCCCUAAUUCUUGGCAGAGAGGACAACAGGCAUGGACCAAAACAUUACUUUUUGGUUAUGGACCAAUGUGGUGUUUUUGUUUUCACUUCUCUGUGGAAGAUUCUAUUAUGGGGAGAAUGAAAUAAAAUGACCACUUCAAGAAG